GAGGGAGGGACUCGGUGCAGGUCAGUGACAGUCUCCUCUUCAGUCUGCCUUGAGCCGUGAGAGGGAGAGGGUCGUUGUCUGGUGCCUCUGAGCCUCUGCACGUUUUCUGUUCGCUUAGGAUUGAAGAUUCUUCGGAAGGAGCGAUGGGCAGUCCCCUAGGCAGCGAGGAGGCGGGGGCGGUGCUGGGGCCGGAUCAGUACGUGUGCACGCUGCCCGCUGAGGUUUGUAAGUUGGCGGAGACCCACUUGAUGGAGGAAGACCGAGCGAGGACGUCAGCCAUUGUUCAGAUGCGUGACUUUAUCUCCAGUCAUCCCUCGAUUACCAAAUGCAGGAUGGAUGGCAACUUUCUUCUGCGGUUCUUGAGGAUGAAGAAAUUCCGGGUGGAGGAAGCGCAGGAGCAGCUGGAGAAGUACCUGAGGAUGCGUCAGGAGCACCCCCAAUGGUUCACGAAGCUCAAUAUUCUCGACCCCACGCUAGACGAGUUAAUAUCAACGGGGUAUUUUUUUGCGCUGCCUGAGAGGGACGAGUCAGGCAGGCGGGUUUUCUUCAGUAGACUAGCACCUCAGUGGGCCUUUAUUCCUUGGCCAGUACCCCUCUUAUAUAACAACAGUAGAAAAAAAAGGAAGCCAAUGUUCAGCCUGCACUCCUCCCUACCAGGCAAGAUGGACCCCGCCCGCUUCACGGCGUCGGACCAGAUGCGCUCCAUGCUGGUGGGGUUUGAGUCCCUGAUAGAGGACGAGGAGAACCAGGUGCGUGGUUUCACCUACAUUUUUGACGAGAAGGAACUAGGCCUGUCCAUCAUCACCCUGUGGACUCCCUCUGACGUGUCCAAGGCCUUCCAGUGCUGUGAGAAAACCAUCCCCAUGAGGCACAAAGAGAUCCACAUUGUGAACCUGCCCAGCACACUGAUGGCUGUGUUUGAGUUCGCCAAGACGCUGCUCUCAGACAAAAUCAAAAACAGGUUCCAGAUGCACAGUGACAACAGCAAGCUGAGGCAGGCUGUGCCUGCAAGACUCCUUCCCAAAGAGUAUGGAGGAACCAUUCCCUUGGCAGACAUGAUCCAAAUGUACAAGAAGGAACUGCUGUCAGUGAGGAGUCGCGUGUUGAUGCUGGACCAGAUGCACAUCGGCAAGAAGCCCAAGAACAAGAGGAUUGACAAAGCCCUCACUACAAUCCAGCGUAACUUUAAGAAGCUUGAUAUUGACUAAGGAGCCUCUAGUGUCGCCACCAUGGGAGGAAAGGUACAAGUGUGGAUCUUGCUGUUAGAUUUUAAAGAUCCACAAAUGCAGAGCAAUUUGUAGAAGUUUGUAUAUUAGGAGCAGUUUGAAGUAAUGUCAUACUUCACCAUAAGAUUGACAUGGAGAGAAAAGCUUCAAGUGUGGACCUUACAUGACAGGCAAGACAUAUAUGAACUGAGGGAGCUAUAGCAGUGUAGUAGAAGUGGCACUACACUGUCUAAAUAAUGAUGUCAUAACAGGAAUGGUGAAGUUAUAGCUUCAUACUUUUCUGCCAAGCUUGUAUUAAAAGGCAGUAAAGAUCCAUUUAGACUGAGGGAACUGUAGAAGUAGUACAAGGAACAUAACAAGAGCAUUAUUUGAAGAAUAGUUAAGUUGUUGCUUGGCUUGAAGGCAGAGGAGAUUCAUGUACAGACUAACAGGGUGGUGUAAGUAUGGUAAUAAGAACAUUGCACAGUCUAAACAAGCUCAUCAUGUCAUGUAUAGUUAAGUCGUAGCUCAACAUUUUCUGCCUAGCUUGGAUUAAAGGCAGUGGAGUAACACCAUCUUAACAGUAGCAUCUUGUUGAGGAUAAAUAACACCAUGUAUUCUGCCUGGCUUGAGAGAAGGGCAGUGUACAGAUAAUGAUGCUCUACCUUGCCUAGACAUUCCAUCAGUCAUCUACACUGUGUCACCUUUCUCAAAUAUAUAAUAGUGCUUUCAAAAGACACUUAAGGUUAGUGCAUUAGUGAUUCAUACCAGGGUUACUUUCACACUCUGCAAGUGUGAAUGUGAGCCACAAAGAUGAGGUACCAGAGAGACAACCAUGAUAAACAUACAGCAGAACAUGGAAUUGAUUGAUUGAGUGGUAUCUUGGCAUCACAGCAAGGUUACAUGGUGCCAGUAGAGUAGGAAAGCAAGGUAGAAUAUUAUAGAAUGCCAAAAAGGACAUUAGAUACAGGGAAUAUAUGAAUACAGGUGUAGGACAGGAAGAACAAUUAUAAAAGGAUAUUAAUCACAGUAAACAUAAGAAUAAAGUUGUAAAAAACAGGAACAGAAAAUUAAAUAGGAAUUACUGAAGGAAAUAAAAAAAAGAAUCAACAAAAAUAAGAACAAUUAGAUAAACGUAAGAGUGGAAAUGAGUGUGACAGAUUCAUCAAACUUCCAGCAAGGACUUCACCACCACAACACUCUCCAUAUUAGGUCCGUAUUCUUAAAUAAUUGGCAUCCUACUUCAUCUACUUUCAACAGGCUCUGGUGGAAGAUAUUAGGAAUUUUCAAGGAUGUUUUCAUGACUACUGAUAGUUUAAUGAGGAUUUUGGAAUAUCUGUGAGAAAACCAUCCAUGGGAGAGUAGUGUGUUUAAGAAUAUGGGCCACAGACUUACACUCCAUGUCAUACUCAGGGCAGAUCUCACCUUUAAGGGAGAGUGCCAUCCUCAGCCUCAAUGUGGCAGCAGUACAGGCACAGGUUUGGUGCACACUAUGAGGCUACAGUAGUGUGCUCAUGUCCACCUCCUGAAGGCUGGAUAUUAUGUGGUCUUUCAUAGAAUUAAUCAAGAGUAAUUGCCUUUGAAAUAUUGACUAGUGUGUAAUUUAAUGAUAUCCCAUUGUUACUAUAGAUCUGUUGACUUUCUGAAGGCAGCAGUUGACUCGCUUACUCAUCAUGCUUCCUAGUAUUCAAACCUUAUGUGAUUCUUUUUAUCUGAACUAUAAGCUAUAUCUGUGACCUGGUUAUAUAUAUACAGUACACAAAGACAUGAAGAAGUGCGAGAUGAAUCCAAGUUGAUUAAAGAGGAACUGCAUGUUUACAUAAUAAGUUAGUGAAAUUUGCAUUGACAAAUGUUGGUCUUUAGCUUAAGAUAAGGAAUUUGUUUAUUCUUAUAUUCUCUUACAGAAGGUUUGGGCAUCAGAUUUAGAGACAACUCAAGGAUUGCAUCAAAUAAUUCAGAUACAAAUGAAUGUAUGAUAUAUUUCUGUAACCUUACACAAUUGUAGAAAAUGUAUAGUUUAAAAACAACUAAGGUUCAGAAUUAACUAUGAUGUAAGAGUUAUUUGGGGAUUGUUUUCCUCAAGCACAAUGAUAACUACAAGAUAAAGGGCAACUAAAUUUAUUUGAAUUAUGAAUUAUCUCAGAAUCAGAAAUUUUAGAUUACAUAUCUUUAUCUUUCUCUCUGAUGCCUCACAUCCCUGGGCACGUCCCUCAAGGGGAUGGUCAAGGUAGAAGAGCCUCCACUUCUCCCUACCCAAACACUACACAGAUUAUCUUACAAAUUAUAUAAAAACCAUUCCAUAAAACCCCAUGUUAAAGAAAAAUCUACACUAAGUAAUCAGUUAUAAAUCCUCUAAGUCCCAACAGGAUAAAUGUUGAGUGCAUAGAAUUUAAUGUAAGGCAGCACAGUGACUGUGCGUCAAUAAUUCCCGCUGUGUACAGCAGCUGCCCAGUGUGGUGGCUGCACCUCAAUGAACUCUAGUCAUACAUUAAGAGUUCUUCCCAUCCCCCAAAAGGCUCGCCGGGGUAGAGCACUCAAUACUCGCAUGACUCACUCCAGGUUGUGUCAUCGCCCUGUACCAGAUGUGCAAGUGUGUCACCCGUGUGUAGACUAUUUAUUACUUUAGUAAAGUGUUGCUGUGUGCACGUUUGUUUUUGCAGGACCAUGAUGUUUCGGAGGGUUAGUGUAUGUAUGUGUGUAUGCAUGUGUGUAUGUGACAGUACUGUUAUAAUAAAUAAUCCAAUUUA